CUUAUAAGAACCAUUCCUGGGCUCCCGUCCUCUUCUCAUCGUGAACGUUGCCGACCUUCCCUCAAUAUCUCGUCCUCCCUUUUUUGAUACCACAACUAUACCCCUGCCCCCUUUCUCUACUUUCAACCGCAUCCUACUUCGUAUUCACAAGAAGCCAGCAACUGCUCAAAAGCUCCAUCACAAUGUCUCGUUCUCUCGAUGGCAAGCUCGGAAUCGUGACCGGCGCCUCUCGAGGCAUCGGUGUCGCCAUCGCCGAGCACCUCGCCGCCAAAGGCUGCAAUCUCAUUCUGGGCUACACCUCCUCCUCCUCCCAAUCCCCAGCCGAACAACUCGCAACAGACCUGAGCACGAAACACAACAUCCAGACCCUCGCAGUCCAAGCCGACAUGGGCACGCCCGAAGGACCCCAAUCCCUCGUCGCAACCGCCAAAUCCCACUUUGAAAAGCUCAACACCAACAAGAAAUUCCAAAUCGACAUCCUCAUCAACAACGCAGGCGUCGCCCAAAACAACCUCCUCCCCGCCAUAACAGUCUCCCAAUUCGACGUCUCCUACCGCGUAAACGUCCUCGGUCCCUUGCUCCUAACCCAAGCCGUCCAGCCCUACCUGCCCCAAGAUCGCUCCGGCCGCAUCGUAAACAUGUCCUCCGUCAGCUCCUCCGCCGGCUUCCCCGAACAGAGCGUCUACGGCGGCACAAAGGCCGCCCUCGAGGCCAUGACGCGCACCUGGGCCCGCGAGCUCAGCGAGAACGCCACCGUCAACGCCAUCAACCCCGGUCCCGUGCUCACCGAGAUGUACGCGGGCAACACGCCCGAGUUCAAGCGCUUCAUCAAGGGCUUCAUCGAGCACGCACCGCUGAUGAAGGCCAGGCAGGGCAUCGACUCGGACGAGCUGGUCAAGGCGGCUGAGGAGGAGGGCGGGAGGCCGGCGUACGUUGGGGAGAUUGCGGGUAUCGUGGGCAUGCUUGUCUCUGCGGACUCUGCGUGGUGCACGGGACAGGUUGUUUGUGCUAACGGCGGUAUGUUCUUCGGGAUUCAAAUUUCAUUCCUCCAUUUUAUAAAAGACAUAUCACCAACCAUGUCUCUCGACCCCUUCGACGACGUCCUCACGCUAGAAGACCAAUUCUUCUCAGAGGGCUUCCGCCAAGGCACCGAAGACGGCAUCCAAGCGGGCAAAAUCGAGGGCCGCUCCGUCGGCCUCGCAAAGGGCUACGAGAAAUUCUAUGAGAGCGGCAGGAUACACGCCCGUGCUGUUAUUUGGGCAAACAGACUUUCCCUCCCCCAGAAGAACAGCAGCACCACAACGAAGCCGUCCGGCGCUUCGGCUUCAGCUUCCUCGGUCUCGGCCGAUCAACCUCAACCAUCAACAGAGCCGCCAUCAGAGUCACAAAACAAGACCUGCUCCCUACCGCCGCUGGCGCCCAACGCGAGACUAGAAAAGAACGUCACGACGGCGUUUGCGCUGGUCGAGCCGGACACGCUCUCCAAAGAGAACAGCGACGACGCCGUAAACGACUUUGACGACAGGUUGAAGAGGGCGCAGGGCAAAGUCAAGAUUAUUGAGCGCAUGACGGGUGAAGUGGUCUCUGCGCCGGAGGCUCCUGCUGCUGCUGCUGGCGAUGUAAAGGUCCCGGAGACCAAGGAGAUUUGA